AUGGGACAGAGGAAUGCCAAAAUACAGAAAGAGGGAAUUUAUGAUAUUAAUAAUGAUAUAUGCAACAACAGGUACAAUAACCUCACGUACAAUAAUACCAGUGAAAUAAAUCCAAGAAAUUACAAUUUUAAUAAUAUAAAAAUUAUGGAGGAUGAGGAAAACUACAGUUCCAAUAUGAACAGUGCAAACAAUGCCACACACCUGUCCAAUGUGAAUAACUCUAAGACUAGCAACCAUCUCUUUGGCGUUCACCAUGGUAAAGCACCUCACAACAGUCAGCAGAACAGUCGCCUUAACGGUCAUCAGAAUAAUCACCUUAACGGCCAGCAUAACAAUCACCUUAACGACCAGCACAACAGUCACCUUAACGUCCAGUAUAACAGCAACCCACAGGAUUAUCGAAACCCAAUUAAGGCUAAAAAUGAUCACAUGAACAGCCACUAUGCACAAAUUAAUAGAGAAAAUGGAGAAUUAGAUGCAGAGUUCAUUAAGAACAAUGUCUCAAAUCCAUAUCAUCUCAUGAAUAAUAAUGACAUGGGAUAUAUGACUCAAAAUAGAAUUGUCAACCGUGACACACACAGUCCAAAUAUGCACAAUGCAAAUACACAUAAUAAUCAAGUUAACCUUCCACCCAAUAUAUACAAAUAUAACAACAAAAAUUUAGAUGACAAAUAUGGCGAAAUGAAGAACAAUUGGGGUAACACUAAUUAUCUUUAUGGUGCCAUGACACCAUCAGCCAAUGUCACUAAUAAGAACAAUAUGAACCCAUUUGAUAAUGAUGGGAAAAUGAACUCUCCUUCAUAUGGUAACCAUUUUAACAUGAACACAUUACACAACAACUUCAAUAAUAAUAUUGGUAUGCAUAAUGAUAUGGGAAUUCGUCAUAUGGAGAACAAUGUCCAUGCAAGCAACGAUGAUUAUGGAAAUAACUAUGCAGGUUUUGCAAAGUAUGAUGAAAAUUACAAUGUAAACUUGGGUGAUAAUCAAUAUAAUACAUCUAGUUACUCGAAGAACAAAGUACCAGAAAUAGAUGAUAUUAUUAAAAAGUAUACAGCCAAGGAAAACCAAGAAGAACAUUUCAAAUUCAAUUGGGACCAUGGGAAAGCUGAUGUGACAGGUGGAAUUCACAAAGACAGCAACAAGCAUGUUAGAGGUAGUGAUUUUAGAAAUUACAUCUCCAAUGAAGAUAGAAAUGGGAACCCAACAAAUCAAGAGAAUCAGUCCAUUUCUGUGAACCCAGCCAACACAACUAGCCACAUGAAUCUGCCUAACCCAAAUAGCCACAUGAAUCUGCCUAACCCAAAUAGCCACAUGAAUCAGCCGAACCCAAGUAUCCACAUGAAUCAACCGAACCCAAGUAGCCACGGGAACCAGUCAAAAUACACACACAAGGCAAAUCUGCUGUAUCCAAACAUUUUAUCCUUACGAAAUAAAGAAAAUGACGAGGAAGAAAAAAAAAGAGAAAAAAAAAUUAAUCUAUUAAAAAAUAUAAUCGUUACAAGCCCGAAACAAAAAUACAAUUUCAGUUUCAAUGAUGACCUUUAUGAAAGUUUACCUCCUCAUGAACAGUUCUAUUUUAACACAAGUUCAAUUGCAGAUUUGAAUCAAAUAUCUAAUGUAAAUAAUGAUUUAUUGGGAGAAGGAGUUCAAAACAGGGCAAAUGUAAAUAAUAAUAUCUACGAUGAUUUUAACACAUUCGAAAGGAUGAAUGAAACACCAGCUAUAAUGAACCAACACCAAUCUAAGAAUGAAGUGCCUUUAAGUGAUGAAGAUUGGUACAUGGAAAAAUUUGGAGAGGGAAAUAUUGUACGAGACUUCCACCACAGUGAUAAAAACACUCAUUUCCAAAAUAACAGUCCUGAAUGUAUUUUGGACAAUUAUAAAUUUAGUCAUAAUUUUCUCUCAAAGGGAGAACAAGGAAAAAAUACUAACUAUACAUUAAGGGACAGACAUAUGCACAACAUGAACUUAUAUGAUCAUAAUAUGAAGCAGAAAUCACCCAAUCCUAUUUCUGAUUUUACAAAUAACACGAGACAUAACAACGUACAGGAUUUUCACACCAACCGAAUUAAUAAAUUUCCUUUUUGUAAUGGCAUGUUGAAAAAUAGAUUUUCCGUGUAUACAGGUGAUAAGGAGGGCGAACUCUGUGAUGUUAGGAUUAGAGAACAGAUUGAUAAUUUUGACACAUGUACAAAAAGGGAUGGGAGGGGAAAGUCUGGAAUUUUUGGCCAACUAAACUGCUUCAAGAAUUUUGAUAAUAAUAGUUCUCCUAUGGAUGAAAAUAGAUUUAAAGAGCAUAUCGAGCAGACUGAUGUGACACUAGAGGGUAGAGACAAUGACAUGUAUAAAAAGUAUAGUUCAACCAAUUAUCACACUUCCAACAUGAAGUAUGGUGCAGGUGGGACGCAGGAACGACGAUCCCUAGCGAUGCAAGCAAACGGUAGAGACAUGCUCGCUAAUCCUAACAGUAUAAACAUUUUCAAAAAUCAUGCGAGAAACUUUGAUAAUUACGAGGAAGAAAAUUUAUUUAAUAAAAGUCCUAUGAAUGAGAUUCAAAAGCAGAUGAACAAAUACAACCAAGAAGAUACUGGAAAACCAAAUAGUAAGGUUCUCAAUUUUGACAACAUUUUCAACACAGAUAUUAGAAAUGAAUUUCCCAAGCAGAAUGAAAAAUUUUCAAAUGUAAAAAAUUACGCCUUUUCAAAUGUGCAAAAUGAAAAGGAUAAUGUGUACAAAUUCGAUGAAAAAAAGAAUUCCCAUUUUGGCAAUUACCUUUAUGAAAAUAAAAACUUUAUACAUAAGAAUGGCAAAGACAUGAUUCGUCGAUACAAUUUUGAUAAAAGUGGUAGAGCUCUUUUCGAACCAUACAAUGAUACAACAUUAAAGCACAGACAACAUGACCAUUUGAGUACCACAUUAGUAAAUAAUUGGGACGUGAAAAAUUCUAGAAAUUAUCGAGACUCAUUACGAGGUCCUAACAUCAAUGGUGAUCUUGAUAUUCAUGAUAUUGAUAGAGAGGAGGGAGUCGAACUCAGGAACAAUCUAGGAGCACACGGAGACGAUGAAAACAUCGGUGCUAUCUGUCUUAACGUGAAUAAUAAGAAGAAUAUGGAGAAAUAUAUGGAGAAGAAUAUGGAGAAGUAUAUGGAGAAAAAUAUGGAGAAGAAUAUGAAGAAGAAUAGUGAUUUCCUGUUGCCCAAACCGAACCCGAACUUCUUGAAUGAAAACAGAAGCGCAACAAUGUUCGAUGGAAAUAAUAUCACAAAUAUAAAAAUUCAUCAUCGUGAAGAAACUACGACGAAGGAUAAUGUGAAAUAUAAUUCAAAUUAUGGAGGCGAAAAAAUAUUAAACAAAAUGCCCAAUUCUAUAUUUAAUAAUUAUCAUUCAUUUAUCAAAACCAAUCCUCUAAAUGAGCAUUUGCAAACGUUUCCUACUUCUAACAACGAAAGGGGUGGAGUUCACAAUUUUAUGAGUGAAAAAAAAAAUGAAAAAUGUGACAAUAAGGACAAAACUAUUUCGGAUAUAUAUAAACACUUGAAUAGAGAUAAUAUAUAUAUAGAUAUCGAAAAUCAACCACACGAUAACAAAACAAAUGCAUAUAUGACAAAACCGAAUAAUAUUCCAUACUCCAUGUGGAAACAUGAACCCAAUCAAAAUGUAAACAAUUCAAACCCCUUUAAAAAUUGUAAUAAAGCAGAUAUGCAUGCACAGUACACUAAUUUAGUCACGCCGUUUAAUGAUGGCAGAAGCAAAAAUGUUCAUCAGCAAAACAGAGAUUUCAAUAACGAAUUCGAUAACAAUUUCGCCAACAAUUUCGCUACCGAUCUGCCUAUCCGAAAUAACAUCUGGGAAGAAAAGAAUAAUAAACUUGGAACCACUGGCGCGAAAGCCUUUUUAGGAAUUCUGAGCGAAGAACAAAAUAGAUAUUCCAAUUUGUUAAAUACUAUGGGAAAAUACACCGCUAGGGAUGUAAGUGACCCAUUAGCAAGUUACAGAAAUAAGAAAUCCUUCAAUCUAAACAGUGCACACAAUUUCAGUUUUGUUAAGCAACCCAUUCACAAGCAACUCCCCCCACUGCCAUUUAAAAAUUCGAUGAAGCAGACAAACCAGGAAGGGAUGAAUCAAGCCAAGUUGAAAAUUUUCGAAAAUGAUGGCAGACUUGGAAUUCCCGGAAAGGUUGAGAAAGACAUAGAGAAAAUAAGUGCUGCUAAAAGAAUUGGUAAUUUCCACACAUACAAUAACAGCAGUAACAAUCAUAUGUCUAACUUGAACGGUACGAACUAUAACUUCCUGAAGGGUAACUUCUCCACGUUUAGAGAGAAAGAUGGAGAAAAUAAUGUACUGACAGAAUUUACACUCCACGGCAAAUACACAGAAAAGCAUGACGCAAUGAAAAAGAGAAACGAUUUCUUCAAUUAUAAGGAUGAAUCAAAAGAGUGUAUGCUAAAAAACAUAAACACAAAUUUUAAUCAUUAUUCUGAACACUCAAAUUUUUUGAACGAGAAAAAUGCUGUCCCAAAUUAUUUAUACACAAAUAUAAAAAACAAAUACAGUGAAGAAAACGCGCUUGAUAAUGUCAUGGGGAAAGGGUAUUAUACUCCUCCCAAUAGAAACUCCUUUUUUAAUAAAGUGAGAGAAGGAAUUCCAAAGGAUGAUUCACAAACCAGAGAAAAUCAAAAUUUGACGUUUCUCCAAAUGGAAGACGAAUGGAGAAGUAGAAAUUUUACUAACGACAAGGCGGAAAGACGCAUAUCUAUGAGUAAUAAUAUUUCUAUGCUUCUCGAAAAAAUAAGUGACAAUUCUGACAAGAAGACUGGGGAAGGUCAUCCCAUUGGAAAUCAUCCAAUUAAUAAUCAUCCAAUUGGCAAUCACCCCGUUAGCAGUAAUCACCUUUCUAAUCAUCGAAACACGGUGAACCACCAAGGCAGCGAAAUUUCUAACCUGCACGUCAACACAGUUAACUACAACGACAAUUUAAAUAUAGACACAAACCAUUUUGUUAUUUCUGAUAAUCAUUUGUGCAAUUUUGGCUUGUGGAGCCUAUAUAGAUGCAAAUUAAAACAUGAAAAUUAUUCCUUCCUAAUAAAUAUAAUUGAUUCCUUUUAUCUAAAUAGUGGAAAUGGAAAUGACACAGUUGCAAAUAAUAUCUUAUUUCACAAAAGACUUAGACAUAUAAAUAUUAUGUCAUACAAAGGAAAAACAGCUGAUAAAAAUAAAUUGUAUUUGCUCUUUGAACAUAUACAUGGAAAUAUUUUAAAGUCUCAUAGUACACCCCUUGAAGAAAAUAUCAUUGCUUCAUAUGCCUAUCAAAUUGUAGACCUUCUUGAGUACAUGCAUGCCAAUUUUAUAAUAUUUCAUGGACUCUUGUCGAAUAUAAUUAUUUUACAAAAGAACACCAAAGAGGAGUUGUUGCAAAUACUUCACGAAAAAAACAAAAACGUUAAUAAAUAUUUUGACAUUUACAAACAUGGAAUCAUAAAAGUUUUUAACUUCGAUUUUUCUAAUAUGGAUGCUACCGAGAAAGACUACGAAUUUGACUUCCUUUGCUUGGCUGUCUUAAUAUAUGAAAUGUGCACGAAAUAUAACACUUACUAUUCCAGCAAAUAUGAAGACCUAGUAGAACGGAUACACAACACUAGUUUCUUUUUCCCUCAUUUUGUUUCCUUCGAAUUGAAGAACUUUUGUUAUGAACUGUGCUCAAAAAGGAGACCCUGCUUUAACGACCUCAAGAACCACGCGUGGUUCCAAAAAAAUUUGAAUUUUUAA